AUGCUGUACACAGCGUCAUCGCUGCCGGCCGCUGUUUUGAAGGACCCGCAUAGCUGGAGUGCGAGUUGGAAGGAACUACACGAGAAGGCGGUGAGGAAGAAGGAUCAGAUUGUGCUGGCGCACGAUGCUGCAUCACCACUCAAUUCCAAGAUGAAGGCCCGGCUAAUGUGCUGUGUGCGUACGCUACCGCGCCUGGGUGAUGUAAAGGCCGCGCUGAGGAAGCUAGUUGCGUCUCGUGAACAGCGCCGCUCCUCGCUUAAGCGGUUAGAAUGCCCACUCUCGGUGGAAACACUGCGCUGUGAUGACACGCGCGGCUACCGUGCCCCUAACCCGACCAUAUGGACUGUCGACAGCUCUGUUGUUGGUGACAUCACGGUUAUAGAUGCGUUUUCUGGUAGCGUACUAAUGCGGAUUAUGGAACCAAAACGAGGCGUCAUGGUUGCCUCAAUGAUGCACGCGCCAUUUCGAGGUUUUAUCGAUCGACAGCUAGAAGUGGUUUCUAUUGAGAAGCCGCAAGACAUUCUCUCGGUGCGAGAGACUUCGCUCAUCAACACGGACUAUGUCUGGGUUGGGUUCGCUGAUGGCGCUAUUCGCCUUUUUCCUGCCGAUUCCCAACGUGUGCGGGAGCAGGAUCGGUCUUUGCUGCUGGCCAAAGGGGAGCUGGCGGACCUCGUGUAUGAACUGCCGAAACACCACACAAGUGCCAUCGUCGCCAUCACGCGUAGUCCGUGUCAUGAGGACGGUAAGACAACUGAUCUGGUUACCGCGAACCGCCUAAGCAAUUCUAUCCGCGAAAUGACUGCAGCAACGGCGCGCCGGUGCCGUGAGGAACGCGAACAUCUUUCACUUGUGUGUACAGCGUCGGAGGACUCAUGUGUGGUGGUAUGGGACCUGCAGAAGAUCUAUGGCCGGCUGGAGGAAAUGCGGUUGUCAUCGCAAAGUGCAAGACACGGCCUGUACAAUGCUUCUACUAGGGCGCCAUCACUCCGUGGCGAUAUUGUUACAUUCGAAGGGAAGGCGUCGCCUAGCACGGCAGGCUACACUGUGCGUUCCACGUGUACAAUGGUGAAGGUGCGGCCGCUGUUCAGACUGAAGGGAAGCGUGGGUGGGCUGCGAACGCUCAACUGGGUCACGACAACCGUGACGACGGCGAAUUAUCAAAAGAGCCGUGAUGUGGUGGCGAUGACGCGGGACCCUAAAGAAGCCACAGCACCAUUGUUAAUCAAACAUCGUCGUGCCUUGCAGAGCAUGACGCGGUGGGAAAAGCGAGAAGAACAUCGGAUGAUGCUGCGGCUCUCGGAGUGGGAUAUGCGGGAGGUGGAGGCGGAGCUGGAGCAACUUAUGCCGCCCCUCACGCCUGAGCCUGUGCAGCACAAGCGGAUUAACCUCAUUAUUGCGGGCGACGUCCACGGUACAGUUCAUCUGUGGGAUUUAGAUGAGGAGCUCGAGCGAACCAUUAACGCUGCGACAACCGCGACUUCUUCUGCGCGCUCGCGAUGUUCGUCGUCAGAGUCACGACUAAGUCAGAGUCCACUUACCACCUUCGAUUUCUCUGUGAGCCCUCGUAGGCAUCGCAAGCGUGGCUCCACGACGCGCACAGCUUCUAGCACAGCCUAUGCCCACAGUGAGAUGGAUUCGGCCAUACGAAACAGCCAGCAUAGCAUCUGUGUGGCUUCAUCUCCAUGUCGUACAAUGGAAAAUUCACUGAAGGGGAGUCUACAGGAUCGAAUGGGGAAUGGAAAACGAUCCUCUUUAGUCAGCGCACAGAGCGCGCCACCAAACACGAAGAAGGCUGCAAAAGAAGGAACAAAAACAGGCGGUGUGAUGUCGCAUACACCAAGGAAGAGUCUCGCUCGAGGAUCAACUGUGAAGGGUGGUCCUGCUACACCGUCGACAAGGCUGUCACGCACAACAGUGGAGACACCAUUAACACAGACUCCAGUCUCUUCACCGGCACUGAGUAAGGCUAAGAGAGGCACAGAGGCAAAGUCUUCACGUAAGCUGACUAAUCGAGAUAAUGACACUUUUGCAAAGUGUUCCCUUAAAUCUGGCGGUGCAUCGCCACGUGUCAGCGCGUCUGCCACCAAGUCUCUGAAAACGUCACGUGGCAUUGCACCAAAAUUGGGCACGACUCGUGCAAUUCCGCAGUCGGAGAAGAAGGCCAUUCAAACACCCAAGAGGGGAACGCGGCAUAUUGUAGCCAAGACACCUGCUACUAAUGGCGACAGUUGUGGUGACUUCACACCUCCUUGCGUGGGCCGGAGCUCCGGUGGCAAAGCGGGUAAAUCGGAGGGGCGCAAGAGUGCGCUGCGGAAAAAACCCACGACGGGGUUGGCGGAGGACACGUGGACAGUGCGUUGGAACUCAAGCAAGACUGGUGGAUCUACGCCACACACGGUCUCUAGCCACCGCAGCUUUAACAACCAUAGCGGACGACAGUCUGUGCACGAGGUCACUACCUCCGCGAGGUCUGGUGGGGAGCAGGCACCUAAUGACUGGAUGGACGAUCACCGCUACUUUAGGGACAUUUACAGCCGUAAAGCAAAGUGCCGCAUGGAUCUCACGGAUAGUGCCACCAUUACGGGCAUCGCUAUAGAUCUUCCACCUGUUAUUACGGUGACCAUGCGACGUCUCCCGGACCCGCUGGAACCUCACUAUUCCCUGCUGGAUCAGCCGACUGAGGAGGAAGUUCGAAACCGCCAAUUGGCCAACACCUUCCAUCAGUUGACCGAUGAACGCGCACUUUUUUGCGCCUUUGCGAAGCUGCAGUUCUAUGUAUCUGUAGAAGGGACGAUAAUGAACUUGCAGUGCGUACCCAAGGCUCCUUCAGAGUUUGCUGGAAGGUUCCUUCACACUGUGCGUACGCUGGAUGAUAGUGUGGUGGACGAGCCAGCUCCAUUCAACUUCAAGGUUGUCAUCCGAAGACAUAUAAUGGAGAGACAUUCGCAGCCUAUUGUACUGUUGUUCAUUGACCACCAAAGACAACAACUCUGGCUCGCGCGAAAAGACGGUCUCCUCUCCGUUUUUUCGACAGAAACAAAAACUAUCAUCUCACGUGUACCGCACCCUUCAGCAGAAAUGGCUCUUGGUCCACCUAAUGCGGCGGAAUGGAAGCGAGUGCAGCGAGAAAUGGCACUGGCGGAAGGACUACCCCCUCACCUUGAGGUGCAUAAGGAGUGCAAAAAAUAUCCACCAGGCCAUUUUGUAAAUCUUGCUCCUGUUUCAGUUCUUCAAGAAUUUAAACUGAUGCGAGCGUCGACGGUACGUGAUUUUGACUCGACGUUGGUUCCGCGAAGUGAUGCUUCGGAUGUUGUCAAGGGGCACAUCGUCACCAUUGACAACAGAGAUGCACUAGACGAACACGCGCGGUCUCGUGAAGCUACCCUUAGUACAUUUUUAGAAGCACUAAAGCAAUGCCGUCAAAAGGCCUUCACAGUGCGUACAGUGCAGAGAGAUUAUUACCUCUCUCUCCAGAAUGUAUUGAGUGAGCGCAUCAGUCGUCUGAUUGCACAGUGCGCUUCACUCGAUGCCCUGUGCACAACGCGGAGCGCCUUUCGGGCUUGGGCGCACCAUCGUGAAUACUUUGCCCGCCGUCAUGUUCUGCGCCAUAUGCGACAUAGGCGGAUAGAGAAGCUCUCAUUUGUGGCAGAAAAUGCGGCUCGUGCCAAUGCAACGAUACUGAGAGAAGUGUUCUUUUCCAAGUGGAUUAUGCUCGUGCGCGAGCGUCGAAUGCAACGGCGAAAGGUUCAGUUCUCUCGUAUCUUGGGCGCACAUGCGCGCUCCGCCAGUGAAGCCAAACUGUUAGAUUUUUUUGUGGAACACGCGCGGCGGCGCCGGUUCUGGUCUCUGUGGCGGUCUGCGCUAGCGCCUCCGCUACGUUUUUGUGUGGCCUCACCGCCUACCCGAAGUCUCAGUCCUGCCAAUGCGAUGGGGGCCACUCAGGUGUUCUCGCCACGCUCACCGCGAUCACCACGGUCACCACGGUCACCACGUUCACCCAAACUGCGUUCCUUGUCCCGUCCGCGGGGUAUGAUACGUGAUGGGACAUUUAAAGAUCUUCAAGCUAUUGUUCGGCAAAUUCAGGCCUUCCGGCAACAUCUCAUCCGCUUUCGCUGGAGUGAAUCAGCAGACAGUCUCUUGGAUAUUGAUGAUCUCUGGCUUGACAGCAUCGAGGCUGCAGCGGGUGAGGCAGAGGUGCACACAGUGUACGCACUGAAGGCGGCAGUAUUUAAGUUUAGUCUCCUCCCUCUCCUUGAGGGUUUGCUGUCGACUGCCGAGGAAGUGCUGCCUUACAUACGUGUGGCACCUGUCAGUGACGAGGUGCGAUCAAUGGUGCGUGGCUGUCUGCUGUGUGUGGAUUACAUCUUCGCUGAUCCGGAUACCUUUGGGGAUAACCCCCCGCCCAAUGGCAGCAUAUUUGCUGGUAUCUCACAUGCGGAUAAGCGAAGAAAAUCGUCCCUGAUUUACCCACGGCUGCAGCGGGAGCGGGAGUUUCGGGAUGUAUUUGACGAGGCCAUGGAUGAACGUGAGUUCCAGACGCAGAUAGAGGCAAUAACUACACAUCGUGCGGUUAUUGAAGAGUUUGUGCGCCUUUGCUUUGCCUCUAUGAAGAAAGUUGCAGUGCAAGAAUAA